CCCCGCAAGUGUCGCUGCGGGUGGAAUUCCUGUCAUUUGUCAACCACGUCUACGUCUAGAUUAAUUCUUUAAUUUUUAUAUUAAUUAUUGCUUUGUAAUUCCAUUCUUGUGCACUAUCACAAAGAUAUUCACCGGAGAAGUGAGACUCUACAAAGAUGUUCAUCUGGGAUUGGUUUACUGGCGUUCUAGGAUAUCUCGGUUUAUGGAAGAAAUCUGGCAAGUUACUCUUCCUGGGAUUGGAUAAUGCUGGCAAAACAACUCUUCUGCACAUGCUAAAAGAUGACAGACUAGCACAGCACGUUCCAACACUUCAUCCCACAUCUGAGGAGCUGUCCAUAGGCAAUAUGCGCUUCACCACAUUCGAUCUCGGCGGCCACACUCAGGCCCGUCGUGUCUGGAAGGACUACUUUCCGGCUGUGGAUGCCAUUGUAUUCCUGGUGGAUGCCUGGGAUCGGGGACGUUUCCACGAGAGCAAAAUCGAAUUGGAUUCACUGCUGACUGAUGAAGCCCUUUCCAAUUGUCCCGUACUCAUUCUAGGCAACAAAAUCGACAAACCCGGUGCAGCCAGUGAAGAUGAAUUGAGAAAUUUCUUCCAGCUUUAUCAAUUAACCACGGGAAAGGGUAAAGUCCCACGAUCGGAAUUACCUGGACGUCCCCUGGAGCUCUUCAUGUGCUCCGUUCUCAAGCGACAAGGCUACGGUGAGGGCUUUCGCUGGCUAGCUCAAUACAUUGACUAAGUUCUGUGUCUCCCUCCAAUCCUUUGUUUUUCCACAAAAAACCCGAGAAAAAGCAAAAGAUCCAAACACAAAAAAAAAGUGAACAGCAGAACCGCAGAGGAAUAUUCUUUUUGAAUAUUCAGUUUUGUCCUUAUUUUGUUUUUCAUAACUUAAUUACCAUUGUAAAAGCUGAUGUAAAUUUUGCCAGAAGAGCAGCAAGAAAAAAUACAUUUAGUUCUAUUAGGUUUCUUAAAGAAAAUUGUCAAAAAAAAACUUCAGUGGGGGAAUCGAUAAGAAAAAAAUAAAAUUUAUAAAGUCGGAA